ACACACUCCCCUCACACACACACACACACACUCCCUUACACACACACAUCAUCAUCAUCAUCAUCCUCGGAAGCUCUGGUUGGAGCUGCUUCCGCCCACACGAAAAAUGGCAGCUCCCUUGCUGGAGACAGUCUCGGAUUAUUUAGGCUCGCCUGAGCCGGCGGUUCGCCUGAUUCUCUCUAUAUUAAUAGGUUACCCCUUUGCGCUGGUGUACCGGCGGUUCCUGUUUCAUCAGUCUGCGUUUGUCAUUCAUCUGUUCCACACACUCUCAGGGCUGUCCCUGGCCGUGUUUAAUUUUGGGUCUCAGGUGUAUCACUCCGCAUUAUGCAUAGUUGUGCAAUUCCUCUUCCUGAGGCUCAUGGGAAGAACAGUGACUGGCGUACUGAGCAGCUUUAUCUUUCAGAUGACGUAUCUAUUAACUGGUUACUACUACACAGCGACGGACGAGUACGACAUCAAGUGGACCAUGCCUCACUGCGUCCUCACACUCAAACUCAUCGGUUUAGCGUUUGAUUACUACGAUGGAGGAAAAGAAACAUCUCAGUUAAGUGCAGAGCAGAAGCAGGCUGCUAUAACGUCCACGCCGUCUCUUCUGGAGGUCUGUGGCUUCUCCUAUUUCUACGGUGGUUUCCUGGUAGGGCCGCAGUUCACGCUACGCAACUACCUGAAACUGGUUUCCAGAGAAAUGAGUGACUGUCCUGGCCAGGUGCCCAACAGUGGAAUCCCAGCCUUGAAGCGAUUCUGUUUGGGUUUGUUCUUCCUGUCCAUCUUUGCAACGUGUGGGUCGUACUACCCUGACAGCUACUACCUAACAGAUGAGUAUGAGGCUCAGCCGUUUUGGUACAGGUGUGUGUUUAUCCUUCUGUGGGCUAAAGUCAAUCUGUACAAAUACGUUAGCUGCUGGCUAAUAACGGAGGGGGUGUGUAUUCUCUCCGGGCUGGGCUAUAACGGCCGCAGCGAGACGGGAGAGCUGCAGUGGGACGCCUGCGCCAACAUGAGGGUGUGGAUGUUUGAAACCACGCCGCUCUUCACGGGCACCAUCAACUCCUUUAACAUCAACACUAACGCUUGGGUGGCCAGGCACAUCUUUAAGAGGCUGAAGUUUCUGGGGAAUAAGAUGGCGUCGCAGACGGCCACGCUGUUCUUCCUGGCGAUCUGGCACGGUCUGCACUCGGGCUACAUCCUCUGCUUUUCUAUGGAGUUCAUCAUCGUUAACGUAGAGAAGCAGGCCCAGACAAUUGUAAAAGACAGUCCUUUGCUGACUUCGAUCGCAAACGGUCCCCUAUAUCCCCUGGUUUACCUGGUCCAGCAGUUCAUCCACUGGCUCUUUAUGGGCUAUCCACUAGUGCCCUUCUGCCUGUUCACUUACGACAAGUGGCUAAAGGUUUAUUUAUCUGUGUAUUUCUGUGGUCACGUCUUUUUCUUCGCUCUCAUCCUCCUCCUACCAUACCUCCGGAAAGCGCUGGUGCCGAGGAAAGCAAAACUUGACAAAAAGGAGGACUAGAACAGUGACAGCCGUACAGUUGUCGUUGUCGUCACUCUGCGUCAUGCGUUCGGCUGGACUGGAGUCAAGGCACUGCGCUGUUCCUCCACGCUCUGAAACAGCCACCACCUGUCUCUCUCUCUCUGUUUCUCUCUCUGUAUCUCUCUCUGUCUCUCUCUCUCUCUCUCUCUCUCUCUCUCUCUCUCUCUCUCUCUUUGUGUCUGUUGCAGGUCUCUCUCUCUCUCACUCCAGCUCUCCUGACGCUGACUAAUGGGAACUGUGACUUUUACAGACCUGAACUGAUUUGGAAUAUAUUUUAAUGCCUUUAAUAAUAUAUAUUAUAAAUAUAUACACAUACGAAUCUGUACAAAUGUCUGUUUUGGGUUGUUUUUGUUUUUAUCAUUGUUUUUUUCUGUGACUAGGUGUUGUUUUGGGGGCGGAUAUAAUGGCGUAAUAAUACUACAGUAUCAUAAUGAGUUGAUUUAAUUUAAUUUUUGUUUUAUUUUUUUUUUCUCAACAAUUGAGGCAUUUGAUUUUUAUUAUCAGUGUCACCUGAGAGGUAUGUGAAGGCUGAGAGUCGUUGUGGAUGAUAAAUUGCACUCUAGCGCUGAUUCCAGACGUUUGGACGUUCCUCUGUAAACUGAACAAUCAGAGAGCUGCUGCCCGGGAACGGUUCUGAAACGACGCAGCGCACACGCUUUGAGGAGGCCGUGUACAACAUGCCGUCUGAUGCCGUUGGCUCAAGACUCAAGAGACUGCUGCUUUGAAAUUGAGCUUUCUGUGCUCCGCCCACAAACUCAUUCCUUCAUAGCAACUGUUGCUAGGCUGGACAAGCUUUACGGGACCGAUGUUUGAGUUUUGGAGAUAAUUGAGAUUUUAACCAACUGUCAGUUCAGAUAACUGAUAAUACCAGCUGAGACCAAUUCAUAUGUAUAUUUUUUGGUUUUCAUUUUGUGGUCCAGUAGUUAAUUUAAAUGGUGCUUUUCGGUCUGAUUUUAUCAGUUGUCAUUGGUCACAUUUACUCAUCAGCUUGAAUAAACAGGCAAAGCUCAAUUAUGAAUACAAAUAAUUAUUAUAAUAAUAAUUAUAAUUAGGGCUGGCAACCUGCGUUUACAUAUGCAGUUAAUCUGGAAACUUUAACAUACUACAUUUUGUAAUGCAAGCUUGGAGACGCAUUAGCAGUUUUAUUUAGUGAUAAAACGCAGUAGCGCUUACUGUUGAGUUCGGAAGGUAGAUUACCUUUUAUUAAUGCUAAAGUUUAUGCUCUCUCUCUCUCUCUCUCUCUCUCUCUAUCACACUGUCACAUUCUUGUGCUCAUGCACACACUUUCACACAACUCACGGCAUGUUUUCUUAUUUCAAGCUGUUGAGUGUGGAAUAUGGAGCUACACUAGCGUUUAUUUUCUCCAUUAGAACUGAGUAACUCAUCAAAACAUAACAGUAUUACAGUUUAAAAUGCAUCAAAACUAGCCUGAGAUAUUAUAAUACUGCCCCCUUCCCAAAAAUACAGAUAAAUUCCAACAAUGUAAUGUACUAUAAUCAUGAUUUUAUCCAUGAUUUAGUCACAAAAUAUUAUUGUGUUAAUACAAUUACUUUUUAAGGAAUUUGCAUCAAUAAUACAAAUCAACGUGUUCCUAAUACUGAUUAUUUUAUUCACAUUUAAAUACCAAUUUUUUCAAAAGCUUAGUCUUUAGAACGAGUGUGAUUAAUUGUGAUUAAUUGACUCCAGUAAUCAUAAUACAUGCUUGUGAGGAGCGUCCUUUUCUUCAAGAUACUAUAAUACUUUGUUAUUACACUUUAUGCAGUAUAAUAAUAUUAGUAUUAAACAAUAUUUAAAUGAAUCAACAGACAGUUUAAUAUGGGUGCAUACUAAAUUAAGAGGCUCAUAUUGAACAAUAAAAACAGCAGAUAGUAUUUAUUACACUUCAACUGUCUUCAUGAAGAGUUUUUGUUUUUUUUAGUGGUUGAGGCAAACACAUUCGGACUGGGCUUGGUGUGAAAGAGUGAUUCAUUGUAGAGAAAUAGUUGUGGUGAAGACAAAGGGGUCCGCAUGCCACCACACAAAUAUAGACAUAAAAUAGACAUUAAAUAUUUACUGUCCAAUAGCGCCAGUGAAACUACCACCACAGUGUGUCUUAUGGCUUAUAUAUAUUGUUAAUGAUGGUAAAAUAAUGGCAAAUUUGUAAAGUAGAUUUAGUCAGGUCUAUUUUUACCAAACAUCCAGCUGCAUAUGUCUCUUCACCAUGAAUAGGGGAUAUAGAAUAAAUGUUUUUGUAACUAUGCUAAAACAGUGUCCAUAACCGUUUUUGGUGUAAUAACUUUCUGUGAGGGGUCCAGAUAUUCUCAAUAAUUGCUUAUUUUCAGCCAACUAAUAUAGAGUACCAUCACACAGUAUUAGCCAAGCUAUACUGCAUAUAUACUUUAUAUGUUCUGAAUGCACUGUUAGUAGUUUUAUUUGUUGUUAUUUGCGACCACAUCUCUCAUAUUACACAGCUAGCUAGCUAGCUAGCUAAGUUAGCUUAGCCACCAUUGUUGCCUAGAGCGAUAGCUAACCUUGUAGGAGUAUGGUGUCCUGAGGAAUUUAGCUAACAACAAAUAUUUUGCUUUAAAAAGUGUGACAAACUCUUAAUCAGCUAAGCUAAAACCUUAGCAAUACUCUUAACAAUAGCUUAGCCUACAGUGCUAGCUACUUGAGUAUGACAUUUUUGAGGAAUGUUACCUCAUUAAUUUCUGUUUACACUGACAUUAAAGAGUUAUAACAGCUAGGAAGGCAGUAUAAUAAAUUUAGUUAGUCAAUAGUGUGUGAGAAAUUCUUAAAAAAAAAAAACACUAUUUAGGAGCAUUUUUUUUUACCCUUGUUAGCUAGUUAACUAGCUAGCUGAGGUAACAUCAUAGCCUACAUUGUGAGUAUAGCAUUCUAAGGAAUUUACAACUUUUUUUAACCUGUUUUUAUGAAAAAAACACAAAAAGCACAAAAACAUGCAACAUUAGCUUGACUGGAGCACAGGGGCUCAAUCAGUGGAGAGGAGUUUCCAUAUUCCACCUUCAACAGAAUUAAAGAACAGUUUAAAUAGGCUUGUUUUUCUUCAGUAAACCUCAAUAAUCUAUCCUUUUAACACUUGCUAUGAAGGAAUGCGUUUGUGGAUAAAUCAUGGAUAGGAUAAUUAGUUAGUUUUAAGGUGUCUUUUUAUUUCAUUUAAUGUUUUGGAGAAUUUUUUUUUCCAACCUGCAGCCAGUGCUCAGAUUUACACAAGACACUGUAAUGUAAAACACACAUACAUUCACAUAUACAUACAUACAUACAAACAAACACAUAUACCGUGCAGUGAAACAAGACUCAGAUAUGCCUUUCAUUGUAAAUGAAUGUUCUUUCUUAUGUUUUUUAGAAAGGGUUAUGAUUUUCUUCUUUGUCAUUUUUGUAGCUUUUUUCAAUUGGAGACCACAACAAGGAAUGUCUAUUCUCAAACCUUUUCUCGCACACGCUUUUAAACUGGAACACAAGCAAAAAAGGAAAUACUAAGAAGGAAAUCUCAGAAAAUGAACACACUACUUGCCAAAAUGGUUCAUUUUUUUUCGUCGGUAUGAGACGAGGUCACUCCGGCCUGCAGCACAGGACUCACCGGUUCCCUCGUUCCGCCCUCAGCACUGCCACGGUGUGAAGAAGCAGGGACUCGCUGUAGCACUGGGGAAGAUCUGAGUGAUAUUUAUACUGCUUCAAGUUUUCACUGGUGUGAAAUAAUUGUUGAAAGACUAAUUCUGCCUUACUGUUACCAAAUGUACAGAAAAAAUGAUUUUAAAUGACACUUCUUUUGUAAAGUUCAUUAAAAAAAUGCUGGAUAUGAUCAAA